UCUCUUUUCUGUUUUUGAUAUCGCAUGGUCCUGAACGUUUUUCGCUCAGCGACCCUUUUAGCGACAGAAGUAGAACCUCUUACCCUCCUUGACUAUGAAGACUUUGAUAAUUUAACAUUCUAAUUUGCACGACACAUCAAGUUCGUUUUUCGCAUCACUAUACCAAUAUCAAAGUAAAGCAAUAUAACUAAAUUUACAUCCUAGCGAGCACGACCAGACGUUAUUGAUUAUCUGAGACGGCAAAAAGACAUCAAAAAACGUUGUGCGAGCCGCAUCAAAAAACGUAGUUGUCCCGCCCGGGAUUUUCGCGCCGCAGCGAGGACUUCUUGAGGGACGAGGAUAUUGCAACGACAACCAUGUGGAUGAGCUCCUGGAGGCAACAACCUCCCUGUGCCGGGGACGAGCUGGUGCAAGAUGAAGAACCGCAAGUAGAUCAUGCGACGUUCUGGCCCGACCAGGAUGAGGAUCAGCUUGAACAAUGUUGUCACCUCCGAAGUUGUGGACAACAUGUAGUUGCUGACACUGGCCUGCGAAGAAGUUUUAUCAGUACAACUGGCGAAGUGGAAGUAGAGGCAAAACAAGUACUGACCCCGGUCAUGAUGCAGGAGAAAGACCAGCAAAACCAAAACCUGUGGAAGAUGAAAAGUAGUUCAAGAUCUGCACGAGCCGCAAACUACAAGAUGUUUUCGAAAGGAUUUUUCCUGACCGCGACCUUGCUGUCAGCAACUUCGCUGGUCCAGCAGCUCCCCGGUGCGGUAGAAGCGCAGAACAGCAUCAACAUCCACGCGAAAUUGACAGUCGGGAAAAAGGAAAACACCACGGAAAUUUUAGAGCAAGCCGUCCAACUCGGAGAAUUUGCGAAGAAGGAAAAAAUGCACUCGUCCUUGACCCUUUUUUUGGACAACAUGCUCGAGCAGCUAAGAAAGCUAAACGAAGCGGCAAACACGGUUAUCCUGAGUAAAAACGUCCCCACACCAGAGUUGUCAUGCAGAUUUCCAAUGACAGCGACAGGAACACUUGCAAUGCGCAUCGCCAGGAGAGGCAUUUUUAGUCGUGUUUUGGAAUUUGUAAUGCUGUAAACAGGAUAAGCAGAUGGAUUUCUGAUGCAGCUGGCCUUGCGAACCUGCACUACACUACGGACUGCAACUUGUGAUGCGUGACCCCCAAAAGUUCUAGGCUUGUGUUGCAAAAUCCCCGUCUUGACUCUGGUGUGGGGAUGUUUUUACUCAGGAUAACGGUGAAAGAAACCGUGAAAAAAGAAAAGGCGGUCUCGUUCACUGUCGGUACUUUUCAUUCUUGUAUCUUCCGAUAUGCAAUUUGUUGUUCCGAUAAACAAAGAAAAAAUGGAUAUCGCGUUUUUGUAUGCUUCGUCCACUACUUGUUUCUUUAGUUAAUUUUGCCGCUCCGUCUUCCACUGCUGAGAUGAUGAGAGCACCAAGUCAUUGCACUGUGGAUAGAUGAACAUAGGACAGCACAGCAUUCUAGUGCCAUUUCUUCUGAACAUUUGAAAAAUAAGUACAGGCAAGUACAAGCUGAAGGAGCUGAAGAAGCUGCGCGCCAAGCCGGGCAAGAAGCAGAACAAGAUGACGGAGAUUAGUGUGGAGGACUACGAGAAAAAGCACGGCAAGAAACUGGAGUUCCAAAAGCCUUUUCUGGUGAAGAACGGUGUAUCCGAGUGCACAACCCCCCCUCCCCCUCAUUUGAAGGCAAGAACAGCAAUAGAGACAAGGUCAGAGAUGUAGUUUUUGCAUGACAAAUAUGCGUGCGGACUAUACGUACUGUUUGGAUUUUUCCCAAGUCUGUCAUGCAAGGUAGCGAUGUGAGGCAGUGGCUGGAACUGCGUUUUUGCAUUACAAAUGAAGGGGAGCGGGAGUUGUGCACGCUCAUACGGUGCCUCGCUGUUCGAGAACUUUGCGGAAGCGCGCGAGCAGUUCACCGCGGAGCAAUUUUCCACCAACGAGUAUCUGGAAAAAAACACGGUGCUGGAAUACUUUCCGCCCGACCAGCCACGGCAGAAGGUGGUCGGCAACCGCAUUUAUUUCACGGAGCCGAACCUGAUCCCCUUCUCGCGGUACCUGACCAACUGCUACCUGGGCUCACCGGCCGCGCCGAAGAUCCCUGGCCAGGCAACCGAGCACUGCGAGCACACGCUGAGCGCGCGAAAGUUGGUGGAAAAGGAGGGGGAACUGGACGCGUUGCGAACCAAGCUGCCCAAGUCCAAAAUAUGCAAUUGCAAAUACUUAAUAUUCCUCUUCGGGCUGGUCGGUCGUCUCGGGAUCAUUUCGUGUAGACGCUACUCUAUAUGAAAGGUGGUGAUGCAGCACUUCUUUAUUGUGUACUGUACUAUCGUGUAAUUUUUUUUUCCGCAUCAGAUGGCAGACUACGUCUUUGCAUGGCACGGGCCAGAGCUUCUUUAUUUUGAGCCCAUGCCUGAACAUCACAGCGCUCAGAAUGAAUCAUGUUGUCAGAGGAUUAAGCACGACCAUGACAAACCUUCCAAUUUGCCAGACCAUCCAGAAGUAAGCUUAUUUGAAGUUGAUGCAAAACGCCCAUCGUCGACAACGUUUUUCACGACUGGGAGCGUGCGGCGAAGAGGAUCUUCACGCCUGACGGGGGAAAUUCCUCAGCGGUUAUUGCCUCCGAGCUGCAAAAAAUUUUGGGCAAGAAGGAAGGUACUCAGUUAGUAGUACUCUCUGAAGAUUCAUGUGAGCAGUUUCUUGAAUACUGAUUCAUCACAACUCCCGGGGGACGGUUUUGGAAUUAUUCGGUAGUAGUACGACAGGUUUUUCUUGUUGAAAAGAAAAGUAUAAGAUCGACGUAGAGCAGAUAGAAGUUUUUUUUGAUCCCGCGUAGAAGUAAAUGAACCUCGCUGAAAAUCACAACACGAUAGACACACGACGACCAAGAAUUUAUUCUCACGAUUUAUUAUUUUUGCAACCAUUUAUCAAUCUUUAUCUUCUCCAGGCAGCGACUUUUUGAAGCAGCAGGCGGCUGGAGACUUCCGGUACUUUGUCUUUGGGCCGUCCGGGAGUGGGGACAAGCUGCACGCUGAGAACGGAUUGCCGUUUUACGACGUCCUGCUGCAUGGCUUCCGGCGCUGGCUCUUGGUCACCGAAGACGAAGUCCAGCAGGUCGCAGAGAAGGCUCGCGAGGCCCUGGAAUUCCAGCAGACCAGCGCGUACUUAUUUCAUUCAUAGGAAUCAAUGUGGUUAUAAAGAUUUGUGGUGCAGCAGUGACGACUGCAUGAGUGAAAGACACUGUCAUCGACUAAGUGUCAUACAGCAUAGGCGGUUACUUAAAAAUUUUGCAGGUACAUGUUUUUCGAAGAAAAGCUCCCGGAGUUGAAGGAAGAAUUUGGGCUGAAGAAGUACAUAGAGGUGAACCAGUAUGAGAGUGCACAACUACUCACUUCGUUCUCAUUUCUCAUUUCUCAUGCGAAAGACACCACAGUGACAGUUCCAGGUCCAGGUGUAGUUGUAGUACUACCCUUGUGUCACUAUAUAUGCAUGAGAAACAGUACAACUACACUCGAUCCGGAUGAAGUUCUUGUCAUGCACAGGCUUCACGUGUCGUCGUGCUGGUGUUUUUGUAUUGCUGUUCAACAUCGACCAUACAAAUGAGGGGGCGUAGUUGUGGACUGUCAUAACCAGGAACCCGGCGACAUCAUUUUUGUUCCCCCCGGGUGGUUUCGCGUCAGCCUUUCGCUCGCAGAUUCCAUUUCUAUGCAUUGCAUAUAUAAUGUCGAGGUCCUCUGGAAGCUUGCAAUGGAUUUGUCGUGCCUGUCUGACCUGACUUGACGCUGGUGCUCUGUGAUCAUGCAUUAUAGGCGCGAAAAUAAAAGUAGAUCCCCAUCUUCCCCUUGAAUGUUACAAGAAAGACGCAGUCUGCCAUGCGGAAUCUACAACACAUAAACUAGCAGCGCAAAGACUCGUCAUGCUCUGCUGCCUAUUGCAGUCUGUGUACGACUACCCAUGAUCAUUUUUCACAGACUGGUAACACAAGAACUGCUUCGCUGACCCCGACAGUUUUCCAAGUGAUAAUUUCCUACUACGAGCAAUUGCUCUACCAGCCCCCGUAUCAAAUGUAAAAAUGUCUGGGUCUGGAAGAUUGCAACUUGUGAUGCGCAUUUCAGAACACAGAAAAAUCUCUCAUGCAUAGGCAGCAAAAGUUGCCCACUUUCUGUCACCAAAGUCAGGGAUUUGUCAUGCGGAUUCGGCAUUGCGAACGCUUUUCGAGACCUGUGAUGCUAGAGCUUCCAUGCCAGACCUUCUGUGUCAUGCAAAAACAGCAUGACUCUUCCAGACCCAGACACUUUUACAUUUGAUACUCCGGUCGUGGAGGCCAUCGUGCGCAACACCGUCUGGAACCCGCAGCAUCGGCAGUUCAACCUAUGGAUUGCAAAUAUGUCUGGGUCUGGAAGAGUGCGAGAUUUGUCAUGCUAGUCUGGCAUGACACUGAGCCCUGUAUUGCGUGGCCAGCAAGAGGUCCUCUGGUUUGUCAUGCAAAAACGCAGUUUCUCAUGCGGAAUACGCAACACAAAGCCACGGAAAAAUCUGUCAUGCUUGGCGGCGCAUUGCAAUGUGUCUCCUAUUCACUAACAUGCAUCACAACUUUCCAGACCCAGACAUUUCUGCAUUUGAUACAACCUGGCCUUCUGCUACGAGCCCGAAGACGCGGUGGAAAAAAUCAAGGCCCAGGAGACCAAAUUCGAUCGCCUCAACGAAAAGAGCUACCAGUGGUAUAAUACAGAAGUUCCUUUCAUCUUCGAGAUCGAGAUGAUGAUCUUUCUAUGCACAGUGUCAUGCAUAAUUUGUUCACAGAUCCAUCGCAGCACAAUGACAUAUCUGCAGCACCUACAUCAACAACCUCUUCAUCAAUGAAACACAGGCUUGACCAGCAGGUCCGUCAAGUCCAGGACUCCGAUAUGCAAUGCAAAAGUGCCGCUUAGUAAUAUAACUUGCAUCACAAAUUUUAUCUUCAAAAAGAGUCGACAUGACGCUGGUCUUGCUGAUAUGGCAGUAUAGAAACGACGAGAUUUGUCAUGCAACGUUGCAAUUAGAAUCGACAUCACUUUUGCAGUGGAUAUCGGACGUGCCGCAGCCGGUUCUGUCUGUGCUCUCCACGUGUGCGAAAAUCCUGAACUCCAUAUGAGAGUGCACAACUCCCCCUCCUCCUCAUUUGUAUUGCAUGAACAGCAGUACAAACACCACUACACGCGGAGGCUGAGCAUGACAAAUUCAUGCAGCUCUAGUGUAGUACUGUUUGGGCUUCCGGUAUCUGUCAUGCAAAUGGUGCCAAUGGGAAGUGCUUGGAUAUUUGGGGUUUCGCAUGACGAAUGAGGGGGAGGGGGCGUUGUGCACUCUCAUACUCCAAGGGCAAAAUCUCGAAGUUGAUCGACUAUCAACUGCAAAUGUGUCUGCCGGGUCAGAAGAGUGCACUUGCUUGUCAUGCAUCUUUUGCCACAGAUAGAUGAGCAUGAGCGGGAAUGUAUGCAAAGCAUUUUUGCAGGCGUUGCGAAGUAAGCGCCUCAAAUAAUGCCUAGAAGUCCAACCCCGCAACCGUAGGAGUAGAAGCUCGACUUGUCUUGCUUGCUAAGAGAAAGUGGGCACCUAUAACAGUUGCUCAGGCAAGACAGAUUUUUUUGUCUGCUUAUCUACUUCGUUAGCAUCACAAAUGGCACCUCUCCCAGGGCCAGAUCGGCAUUUGUGAGGCAUACCGACGUGCAGAAAACGAAGUGCUCCGAGCAGGUGUGGAAGAGCUGCCGGGAGCGGUUGGUGGCGAAGACGAGCAAAAAAGUGAAACUGGACUGGCUGCCCGAGGAGAUUUCGCAGGUGGAAGCGAUGACCAGCACACCGAGUCCGGUGAAAACCGAGUUGUAAGUGAUAUUAAAAAGUCGACAUGUUGGACCUUCUUUGGGGGCUUCUCGGACACUACUUUCGUAAUAAAUAUUUCACACGGCGAGACGGCCAAAUAGACCGCGAGGACGUGCAAGGGAUGGAAAUGGGAAUGCACGUGGUUGUAAGUAGUACCCAGUACUGAACUAAGCUUAUUUAUUUCCGACGGACGUAGACGUACCGACUGGUUAUAAAUAUAUUUUGCGACAAAAAACAGCGGCGCAGGUCGACGCGUUGUACUGGCACAGAGCUUUAUCGAGUAGAAUAAUCUAAAUGAAACACAUACGUUCUUGAAAACGACAAAACCAGCGGAACGCGAAGAAAGAACAAGUUCGAAUUGUUCUUCUUACGAGCAGCCAGACCGGCACAACAAAAACCUUUGCUGUAUAACUGAAAGAAUGAACGAAGCGGCAUUUUUAUCUAGCGACGCAUCUGACAGACUGCUACACCAAUCUAAUGACAUUCACCGGCUGGAGGUGGUGCUUUCAGUACGAAGACCCCAAUGAAUCUUCCGCGUGGCAAGAGUCUACGCUGUCGCUGUCUUUCCGCGGAGAAU